AAUUUAUUGAGACAAUAUGAAAAUUAAUAAUACAACUCAAAUUACUGGUUCUAAAGUUAUUCUUGUACCAUAUAAAGAACAUCACGUUUUGAGAUAUCAUGAAUGGAUGAAAUGUGAAGAAUUACAGCAGCUUACUGCAUCAGAACCUUUAUCUUUAGAAGAUGAAUAUAAAAUGCAGAAAAGCUGGUUUGAAGAUGAAGAUAAGUGCACAUUUAUCAUUUUAAAUAGACUGAAAUUUCAAGAAAAAUCAAAUGAAAUUGACUCAAUGAUAGGAGACACAAAUCUUUUCUUUGAUAAUAGUGAAAAAGAAAAAAUUGCAGAAAUAGAAAUAAUGAUAGCAGAAAAAAUUGAUCGAGGCAAAGGUUGUGGUAGGGAAGCUACAAUUCUGAUGUUAAUUUAUGGUAUUGAAAAACUAGGAGUUCAAAAGUACUCUGCUAAAAUUUCUAUAGAAAAUGUAAAAAGUUGCAAUAUGUUCCAAAAGUUAGACUUCAUAGAGAUUUCCAGAAGUAGUGUAUUUAAAGAAGUAACAUUAGAAAAAAAUGUUGACUGUACAUGGUUGAAUUGGUUGAGGUCCAAUGUAAAAUUUGAAAUGAAUGAGAAUUAUGACUCAAGAUUGAAUUGUACAUUAAAUAAAACAAAGAAUUUUGAAUAAUUAAAAACAAUUUUAUA